AUGGCCUUCCUCUUCAAGUCCAAGAAGAGCCAGGACCGGGCGCUGUCGAGUCGCGAUGGCAAUUCUGGCUCCCAAGGCUCCAUCCAGAGUGCCGGAUCUCGCAUGGCCCGCGACGAGAAGGGCGCCCUGGUGCAGCGUUCGACGCCCACGGGCAGCCUCAACUCUCUAGACAAUGAUGGCAGCGUCGGAAGCCCAGAUCGCGGCCAUGGCCGCCGCGGAGGAAGCGUCGACAACACGCAACCCAGCGACUUGCCUCUUCGAAACGGACCCCAACCAACAAACCCGAAUGCGUCCCUCUACCCCUGGUCGCAACGCCGGUUAACCUACACCACUUCGCACCCGAGUCCCUUCCCCCGCUAUGGCGCCGCCGUCAAUGCGACGUCGUCCAAGGAGGGCGAUAUAUACAUGAUGGGCGGCCUCAUCAACAGCUCGACCGUCAAGGGCGAUCUCUGGAUGAUUGAGGCCGGCGGCAACAUGGCUUGUUAUCCGCUUGCGACGACUGCAGAGGGCCCGGGGCCAAGAGUCGGCCACGCCAGCUUGCUCGUCGGCAACGCAUUCAUUGUCUACGGCGGCGACACCAAGAUUGAGGAGUCGGACGCGCUGGACGAGACGCUCUAUCUCCUAAAUACUUCAACCCGACAUUGGUCGCGCGCGCUGCCUGCCGGCCCUCGCCCCUCCGGACGCUAUGGGCACUCUCUGAACAUCCUUGGCUCCAAGAUCUUCAUCUUCGGCGGUCAGGUUGAGGGCCACUUCAUGAAUGACCUCUCCGCUUUCGACCUGAACCAGCUGCAAAUGCCCAACAACCGUUGGGAGAUCCUAUUACAAGGCGAGGCGUCGCCAAAAGCGCCGGCCGCGCGCACGAACCACUCAAUGGUCACAUACAACGACAAGAUGUACCUGUUUGGUGGCACAAACGGUUACCAAUGGUUCAAUGACGUCUGGUGCUACGACCCGGCCAUUAACACAUGGGCGCAGCUGGAUUGCAUAGGCUACAUCCCUGCCCCUCGAGAGGGGCACGCCGCCUCUCUCGUGGACGAUGUUAUGUACGUCUUUGGCGGUCGCACGGAGGAGGGCAGCGAUUUGGGAGACCUUGCCGCCUUCAGGAUAUCCACGCGAAGGUGGUACACAUUUCAAAACAUGGGCCCGUCUCCAUCUCCGCGUUCUGGCCACAGCAUGACGACGGUUGGCAAGUCGAUUGUGGUUCUUGGCGGCGAACCGAGCUCCGCGGCGUCCGCCAUCAACGACCUCGGCAUUCUCUACGUCCUGGACACGAGUAAGAUCCGCUACCCCAACGACAGCCAACAAGGCGCACAAAAGAUUACUCAGGGCCGCCGGCCGAGCGCGAGUGAUGUGCAGAAUCCUCCCCGCGCGAUGCCGGCUCGAGAUGGCUCUACCGGCCCUUCAGACUCUAGAAAAGGCAGCGGCGGCGCAAUCGCUCCCAUGGUCAGCCCUACGAAUGGGCACAAGUCACCCCCGCCCGGCGUCGAUCCUCGCGCUUCCCCGAUCUCUGGAGGCCCGGGCCCGGCUGCGGCCAAGCCUCGCGCCGCCCUGACCUCCAGCCCGGCAGGACCACCUCCAUCAGGCCCGACACCCGCCAAGCCCACGGGCGAUCAGUCAUCGAGCAUCGGACGAGUCCGUGGGCUAUCCGCCGACCGUGCUGGCGCAGCGGGCCCUGGCCAACCCCCGGUAUCGCUCGACGCAGUUCCUGAAAGCGCGGCUGCGGCUGCGACAGUCAACGGUCGCCGGACGCCCACGCACCCGGCCCGCGGACCUACAAAGCAGGAGCCACCUGCUGUCGAGCCCGCAAAGGCCAAGCAGACUCGUCACGGUCAGUCAUCAGGCUCCGUCGAUAGCUCAGCGGAAGCCGCAGCACGGGCCGUGAGACCAUCCUCACCCCCGCCGCCUACACGGCAGCCGAGCAACCCCUUGUCCAGGCGGUCGUCUGGUCGCAACUCCCAGACGGUUGCCCUUCUCAAAGAGCUGGACGCUUCACGGAACAGGAAUGCUUGGUAUGCUUCAGAGCUCGAACUGGCCCGCAAGUCGGGUUACGUUUCGACCGCGACGUUCAGCCCGACUCUCGAUGCCAAGGCCGCUGAAACUUUUGACGAUGAGGAUCGACCUUUGAUAGAGGCUCUCCUGGCCAUGCGAACCGAGCUGGCCAACGUCCAAAGCGCCGUGGAUAAGCAGGCUGUUCUGUCUGCGAAGCAGAUUGCCGAGGCCGAGAAGCAGCGCGAUGCAGCGAUUCAGGAGGCGGUCUACGCCAAGGCCAGGCUCACUGCCUAUCACGGGGGAUCUGCCAACAGCACUCCGCAACUCGACCGCGAGCGAGAAGACGGUGGCUACAGGGAGAGCGAGCUGAGCAAGAAGCUUGCCUCGGCGCUGCACGUUCAGAGAAGUCUCCAGUCGCAGCUGGAAACCGCCAGGAGCGAGUUGGAGGCAGAAAAGAAGGCUCGAAAACUCGCCGAUGACACGACCAGCGCGGCGCAAAGGCGCAUGGGGGAUCUCGAGACCUACAAGCAGCAGACCUCAACCGAGGUCGAGCGGCUCAAGGCCGAGCUGCAUCUCGUGCAGCGCGAGGCCCGGGACCAGUCGGUCUCGUGUGCUGAGGCCGUCGCGGCCCUCGAGCUUCUCAAGAUCGAAAAGGAGGACUUUGCGACCAAGUACGAUGAGGCCGUUGGCAGUGCCAAGGACCACAACGAGAGUUUCCAGUCCUUGCGGGACGCCAUCGCUGCAUCCGAAGAUGCCAGAACACACCUUGAGCAGAAGCUCGAGGAGGAGCGCGCCCAGAAGCAAGACAUCGAGGCCAAGUUGAACCAGCUGAAGGCAGAGCACGAAGCACGCACAACAGAACUCGUCUCGACCACGCAGCGUCUACGGGACGCCGAAGAGCUUGCCGAACGGCACGCCAACGAGGCCAAGACCCAUCGCCAAGCCGUGCUGGCAGGUCUCGACAAGAUCUCGGCAAGGGAUGUUAGCGCCGUCGGCAAGGCGGACACGGAGCGCCUGGGCGCGCUCCAGAACCAGGUCGCUGCCGCGAACGCAUUGGUCAAGAAGUACCAGCAGGAGGCAGACAGCGCCGCUGCUAAGCUUCGAAGCGCCGAGGAGCGCAUUGCUGGCCUGGAGCAGUACCAGGAGCAGGCCAGUCGCGAAGGCGUGACCAUCAGGAGGCAGCUGCAGUCGUCCCUUCGCGAGGUGCAGUCCCUGCAAGCUGCGCAUUCAGAUGUCAAGAACCAGCUGGCAGCCCAGCAGCUUGAGACGAACGCCAUGACGGUGCAGCACAACGCACUCAAGGACAUCCUCAACGAGCGGGGCAUCAGUCCGACGAGCGCCGUGCGCGGCCGUGGCCUCACGAGCCCGCGAGACAUGUCUCCCGAGCAGACUCGAAUGCGGGACCUCGAGAUGCAGCUCGCCAGCACCACGGCGGCACAUGAGGAGGUCAAGCAGGCCUUUGCGGCGCAGGCGCAAGAGUCGGAGCUUGCGUAUCGUGAGAAGCUUUCACAGCUCGAGAGCGACUAUCAGUCGGCCGUGCACUAUGUCAAGGGAACCGAAAAGAUGCUUAAGCAGCUCAAGGACCAGCUGUCUCGCUACAAGACCGACAAUGGCCGCCUCAAGGCCGAGAUCGAGGAGCUCGAGAGCCGAGCCCAAGACGACGGUGACAGGUCGGAGGCACCCGCCCACUGGGAAAAUGAACGCGACGCUCUCCACAAGAGGAUCGAGGGUCUCGAAGCGGAGCUGCGGAACUCGAGCGCACAGCUGGACAAGAACCUGCAGUCUCUGAGGGCGGAUCUGGCCGAGAGCAACCGGCAGCGAGACGAGGCGGCCAAGUCUGCCACGACGCAUCGCAAGGAUCUCGAGCAGCUCCAGUCGGAGAACGCCCUCCUGGAACAGCGCGCCACCGAUGCGGAGCAAAAGGUCUCGCUUCUUCUCGACCAAGUCGAGCAUUCGGUGGACAGCUACCGCCGCCGCAGCCGCCAGCUGCCGGCCGAGGCCGUCGCCGAGGUCACCUCGUCUGCCAACGGCCUGGGCGGCCAUGUCCGCAGUGAAAGCUCCGGAACGGAGAGCGCGUACGGUGGCAACGGCCUCGACGGCAGGGACAGCGCCGCCCUGGACAACCUCGCGAGCGAGCUGGAGACGCUGCGCAGCCACUGGGAGGCGACUAACAAGAACUACCGGCUGAGCACCAACUUCGACUUUGACCAGCCGACGCCCGUCGGCAAGAAGGACGACGAUGCCGCCCCAGGGGCCGGCCUAGGUCUGAGCGAGAGCCUCGCUGACUGGAGGAAGCGACUCGACACCGAUGACCACCAGACCGGCCCGGACAAGCCACACCAAAACUAA